AGCAAUAAUAGCAGUUUGCAUGAAUAUUGUCCCUGACGAAAGCAGUUAAUAAGCUUGAAUUAGUUUAUAAAAGUUAUAUAUCAUGCCACCUAAUAACAAUAAUAAGAAGUACGCUGUUGUGAAAUUUCUUCCUCUCAAAAACAUGGAAGAAGAAACUGUAGCCGUGGUCCCAUCUUCAUGGAUAGACUAUGAAUUUGAUAUAUGUAAAUGGCCACCGAAAAAAUAUCAGUCCGAUAAAAUUAAUAGAUGGGUUAUGAGUCUAACGGAACCAAAACAUGAUUUCGAAGAUAUGCCAAUACAAAUUAUGUAUGAAUAUAGCACAUAUGCAAAAGCACGCAAGGCUAGUAUUAAAGCUGAAGAAGAUAGUGCUAUUGAUACGGCUGCUGGAGAAACAGAUAUAGAUAAACCUCGGAAAAGGCAUAAACCUGCAAAAUAUAUCACAUCGUCUGAUAAUUCUGACAACGAUUUCGAUCAAAUGAAAUCAAAAAACCAAAAAUAUUCCGAGAAAUAUUCCAUUGUUAACGACAGUAGUGAUGAAGAAGCAGUUCCUACAGCAGAGGAUAUUAGAAAUAAAGUGAAAACACUUUUAGAUAAUAAACAAUUAUCUUCUUCACAAGAUGGAUAUGAAAAUCCCUCAUCUUUAGAAGCCACAUCUCUUCAAAAUAAAUCACCACCAUAUGAAUCGUUACCCUGGAUAUCCUGUGGAAAAAGCACGACUUCUCUUAAUGAUACAGUUAAAGAUACUGCUUCAUCUUCUAAGACUGUGAUACUUCAAUCGAAUCAUAAAUCUUCCUUACCAUCCUUAAUGAAAAAUGUUCGUACGCACUCAGAUCCCCAUGUUACUGCCGUUCUUAAAACUGUAGUUGAUAGGCAAGAAAAAAUGAAUGGUAAAAUAGAUCAUGUUAUUUUGAUGCUUAAUAGAAUUUAUCGUAAAGUAGCCCCAGAAGAGGAAAAAAUCAUUAAGCCGAGAAAUCUUCCUACACUUCCUUUAAAUAAUGAAGACUCAUUCUUAGAAAUCCAAAAGUUCUUGUUGAGUGAUGAUAACUUUUACCCUGUAGUGGAUUAUUUUGUUAAACUAAUGAAGGUUAAUGAACAGACUGAUGAAUAUGCAGCUGUUGGCCGUUUAUUACCAAAAGUAAUAUCAAAUUCUUUGGCUCGAAUGGUCAAUUAUUCAGGAUCAGGUGACAAACUUAAAUUCGAAAAUACAAAACUUCAUGAGGCAAUCAGCUGUGCUGUUUUAAAUGCAUUUCCAAAGAGUAAUUUAACAAAAACGGAGAAAAAACUCCAAUGAUGGUUUUACACCAGUAAUCAGCGAAAAAUUUAAA